GAUAAGUACCAUCCCGGUUACUUUGGUAAGGUCGGUAUGCGCCACUUCCACUUGAAGAAGAACCAGACCUGGCGCCCCGUUAUCAACCUCGACCAGAUCUGGUCUUUGGCUGGUGAAGGUGUUCGUGAAAAGUACAAGAACACCGAAAAGGUUCCCGUCAUCGACGCUCUCCAGAACGGUUACGGCAAGGUCCUCGCCAAGGGUUCCGUCAGCCAGCCCGUCAUCGUCCGCACCCGUUAUGUCUCUCGCCGUGCCGAAGAAAAGAUCAAGGCCGCCGGUGGUGUUGUCGAAUUGAUUGCUUAAAUCAUGAAAUAAAAAAACCAACUCAAUGUUCAUACAUCUACUAUAUUAUUCUACACAUUUUAUAUACAUAUGCGUUUUUUGUUAUACACUCUGUAUGGUUUUACAAAUGGGUAACUUGUAGGUUUCGAGCACCCAGUAUC